ACUUCUUUCAUAAAAUGGUUGCUUUUACUCUUUUCAAGUCUGCUUCUCUUUUGGCUUUGGUCUCUUCUUUAGUCUCUGCUGCUCCUUUAGACACCUGUGACUACUUCCGUGUCACCUCUCCUAAUACUUAUUUCACUACUACCGCUGGUGAAUGUCAACAAGUGUCUUAUGACUACAGUGGACCUGCUCCUGCUCCUCUUGUCUCUAUUGAUCUUUAUGAAUACAGUACUGAUAAAUUCAUCAGUUCUUUGGUUCAAAAUGUUACUGGUACUGGUCCUGCUAGUCCUUGGUUCAACAUCAACUUGAAUGGCUACAAUACUACUGCUGAUUACUAUUUCCUUGUCAGUUAUGGUCCUGGUUGUGAUGCUAUCAAGACACAGAAUUUCCAUGUUUUGUAUAAUCCCAACUCUCCUCCCGCUGUUUGCCCUCAACAAUAAGAAUACCCUUCCCCUUAACUCCUAAUUAUUUUUUUGUGUGUAUAAAAUCAUUUUGUAUAAUAACAAAUGAAUUGUUUUGAAGAAA